AUGCCGCCAACAGACUUGCUAUCAUCCGACGGAGAUGGCAGACCAUAUUCCUCCCUGUCUUCGCAUAAUCUGUCUUCCUACAACCCGCCUUCGAGCCCAGUACCAGCGGAGCCAUACUACUCUAAUGAAGAAAUAUCAAUCAUCUACGAGUCCGUACUGCGCGGACAGGAAAUCCUUGCCGCCGACGAGAAGCGAACGCUUACCGAGACGGCGGCACUCUUCGAGGGCAGCGAGCAAGUUUUCCCGCAACAUGGCAUCUCUACCGAUGACCCGCGCCUGUCGCGCCUCCUUUUCAAGAUUGGUGGCAGGCGCGGCGUCGGGCCCGGUCUGCUCAGGAAGUUCAAGUCCGUCUUAGAGGGCAUGGACAUUGAGAUCAACCUGGAUGGCCAGCCUCUUCAGUCAACCGACGCCGGCGACGAUGAUGACCGGCCUGCGCUCUCAACCCGGUCCAACUCUUUUGCGCACUUGCCUGGAGGCGCAACAAACAGCAGCAUAUCCAGCAGUCCUCGGCAGAGACCAAGAGCUGACAGCGAGGGAAAUGUUCCUGUCGCGUCGAACCUCAAUGGUCACUCGCGCAUUCAUCCCGAGACUUGGGCCGAACCGGCGCAUAACGGAGCCGCUCCCAAGACCGACGAUUCGCAGCGUUCCCGCGCUGUAUCGUUUGUCUCCUCAACAGAGGACUUGCCCGCCCGGCCACUACCUGAGAUUGCCCCGCAAACGCCGGCGGCGCAGCGUGGAGCCGGGCUUUCUGGUAAUAAUGGUCCCUCAGGUCACUCGUCGCGGACGACAUCUCCAAACCGAACGCGCCCGCUGUUGCGACCUCUGCCGGCUGCUUUCGGACGUGUUAAUCUGCCUAUUAGGCCUCCUCUGCCACCAUCGGUGUCAUCAGUCGCCGACUCGCCACAGAGACCACCCCAACAUGAUCGUUCCAUACCUGCACCUCAGGCUCAGCAUGAUCUGCCUAUGCUAUCCAGGUGGCUACAAAGCAACAUUUCGAACCCGAGGUCAUUCAGGGCUACCCCGCGUUCGGCUAGUCUUGAUGUGCCAGAAAUCAACUGGGCAGGUGGCGCACAUCCGCAUCGCAUUCAGGUCGCAGAGUCAUCCCUGGAUGCUGAUGAAAUCAUUUACGAAGACGAAGAUGGUGGCAACGGGGAUGCUUUUCCUCGUGGGAACGACAACCAUGCUUAUGACGUUGCUAGUGAACAUCCACAAGUACCUCCGCGAUCCAAGACGACUGCUGAGCCCCAAGCUCCCGAAAGCGAUUUGCAUGAUGCUGAUGUUUCUGGAAACGGGGAUGCAGAAGGCAAUGAGGAGCUUUUGUUUGGCUAUGGCAGCUUACUCGGCCCCCAGAGAAACGAUGCGGCGCGUAGUGCUCAUCACCUGGCACCUUCGGCCCUCCCAAAGAAGCAUACAAAAGCAUCAUCUACCGAGGUUCAUCGUCACGACCAGGCUCUGAAUCCGGAUCAAAUUUCUGGAGCAAGACAUAGCGAGACACCACUUCCCCCAUACCUGUCACCUCCUAGAGAUGAUGAGAACUUCGCCGGUUCAAAAUGGAGGGAGCCUCUCAAUUCUUUGCCGGCCUCGCAUCCCGUUUCACACGUGCCCAUGCAACAAGAAGAGGCUGAGAAUGAGUCGGAACUGCGGCAGUCGGUUUUGGCGGAAAUAGCAGCGGCGCACCGCAGUUUCCACUCCCGUAGGGUGGGAGGACUGUUGCAGUCAUGGCGUGACCAGCACAGCCGUCUCUCGGCAAGCAACGACUACAUGGAGUCUCUGGCUGGUCAAAUGGAGAGAGGGUUUCUGAGCAAGAGAUUUGUCAAGAUAUGGCGCACGGCGGCUGGGAUGGCGAGGGCCCAGAGAGCUGAAGCUGCAGAAACGGCAAGGCAACUGGUCGAGACAGCACGGCGGGAGGAACGGAUCAUGAAGCGUGCCGAACGAGCUUACGAACUCUCGCUGCUUCACAAAGCCUUCACGCACUGGUGGACUGCUGCUCAGGAGGAGGUGGAGAGAACCGAAAUCGCUAGAAGACACUUGCUCAGGAAGAAGGUCUUCGAUGGCUGGUCGCAGAAAGUGUCGGCAGACAAAUUCAAGGCAUUCGGCUUUGCCGCUAAUAGAGCGCUGCUCGCUUGGCGCACAGCUACGAAGAAACAAGCAGAGCUGGAAGAAGUUGCGCUCCAAACGCGCUCGAGAUGGCUUAUGAAAAUCACAUUUGCAAAGCUUUUCAGGCAAUACCAGGAGUGCGUGGCUGACGCUUUGAACUCGUCUCGCCUGAUGCAAUGGGCCGUUCUGACUUGGUCGCUAGAACUGCAGAGCGUCGCAAAACUGUGGACGGCUGCCGAGGCGGAUGCUUCCCAUAUGCGCCAAUCUAAUGCGUUGAGUAUACUGCAGUCCCGGCACUCCGACAUUUCCAUGUUACAGUCGAUGGCUUCCAGUCUUGUACUCGAUCAUGAUGCGGCUGUCAUUUUCGAGUUCUGGCGCAAGCAAGCUAAGCUCGAAAGCAAAUUCAGGGAGUUUUCAACUGUACAGAGGAAAAACAUGCAGGCCCUUACUCUCCAUGCGUUGGGGGAGGCGGCUGGUCUCUCGCAGAUGCUUGCAACCAAGGCAGAUGCUAUGAUGCUAAAAGACUUUCCUCAACAUUGGCUCCGCGAGCUUCGAUUAAGGGACUUCUCCAGACGGCGCGACCAAGACUUGUUGUACAAUCAGCUGUACGAAUGGCUGAUGGAAGAGCGACAUGCACUCUUCUCCCGUUACUCGGAGUACAACAGAACCGUCGCAGCGCUGUCUGACUUGCGAGCCUUUCACGAGAGCGAGAGGCGCAGACAGAGACAGCUUGACCUGAAGGCCCAGCGGUUUCGUAGGCGUGCCCUCUUGGAUCCUUUCAUUGGCCUCAUGCGCUCUCAGAUAUACCACAAUGACGAGAGUUACAAGUUGGCCUGCAGGAUUGAUCUGGAAAAUGUAGCGGUUAGCAUAAUACAAGCCUGGACCGCGGCAGCUGCUAGCCUAGAGAGCAUGGCACACGAUGCGCGUCUCGGGGCCUACUGGACCGCCGCGAUUACUUGUCUUGAGGGCUGGCCCAGGUUCGCUCGAGAAGUGCGUCGGCACAGGCUUGCAACGACGUACCAUGCAGCAAGCCGGCUACGCAAGGAACGCAUGGCCAUGGAGGCCUUGGUUACCUGGCAGGAAGCUCUUCACGACAAACUUGUCGUGACCUGGGAGUCAGAGGCGGCCCUGCAGGACCGGCAACUGCAUGAGACGAUUGAUCUGAUGAACUCAUGGAUUGGCGAGACGAACCGCAUGAUAAUAAUGAGCAGUGUCGCCAAUCAGGCGGAUAUGCAGGUCAACGUCAACUCAUGGCGCGCAAUUGCAAAUCUGCUGGGUAACCAAGAGACCAAUGCUGCCAUCUAUGACAUCGAGCGGCUGAGAAGCGCAACCCUGGAGGUUUGGGAACUCGAGCUGGUCAAGCUGAGAGGUUGGAUGCACACGGCUACGGAGCUUGCAGACAAGAACAAGAAGAAGCUUGCUCGCCAAGCACUGGGAUUCUGGUUAAGCCAGACGCAGCUGCGUCAACGCGGGGUGGACGACAUAGCCAUGGGCGGCAGAACUCCGCUUCGUACCAGCCUCCGUAGGAGCUAUACGGCAACUGCCCCGCCCAACUUUGGCGGUUCUGUGUUAUCGAGACCGGGAGGUCGACCGGGGAGUUCCGACCAAGACGGCUCAAAUAUUGCAAGAUCCCAGUCUCAACAGGAGUACCCCCCGGCGACAAGGGCUCACGAGCGCUCUGGACCUCGACAGCAGGAUAAUGCGCGCGGGCCGGCGGCGUACGGUAGCUCACCAUCACAACCAAUGCCCUCGGCUUGGUUCUCCAGCCGGUUCGGGUCAACCACUACUACUGCAAACAUACCCUACACCCCCCAGCCGAAAGCACAGUACUCUGAACAACCCACCCCUUCUCAACCCUCAACCAGGGGUCGUCCGAGCGCCGGCCUACCAGACUCAAGACUGCCGCCCAUUUCUGAACGGUCUGAGAACUCCACACGGCGAUUUUCAGGCGGCUUCUAUCCCGACUUGGCUCCAGGAAGACCAGACGAUUCGGUGCGUGGUCCUAGCGAGGACCGCAUUCGGUCGUUUCAAGAGAAGCUGGCGCAAGCCUCGCGAUUUGCAGACUCGGUUCAGCUAGGCCCAAUGUCUGAGUUUGAUGAAGACGAGGAGAACAAUGGCCCGUACCGGUCCUCGACACAGUUUGGCGCGUCCAUGGCCAGCUCAGCUUUCCCCAACACUCCUGCUGCACCGCGAGCAACCGGUGCGACGCUACCCCCUUCCAUACUAGUCAACACACCCACACGGUUCCAGAGCACCACACGGCCACCUUUUCAGUCAACGACUACACCCAUGGCACCCCUGCCUUCUCCCAUGGAACGGCAGCUGCGGCAAGAGUACGUGCAGCCGCCCAACAACUUGCAGCAAGAGCAAUCUUCGGCAAGACCCAUUCUUGCCCGUGGAGCCAGAAGCCUUCUCGGAGCCGGUGGUUCUGUGGCACGCCAGGGUGACAGCAGUAGACUGGCACGGUCAUGGGCAGCGACUGGCCAGCAGCCUCGCGUAACCUUUGAGCCUGGGCUUGCUGGAGCUGACGAGGAAGAAGAGAACAAUGGCGAACAGUUUACGAAUUUCUAA